AUGACCAUUUGUUGUAACACUAUUGUAAUUUUUGUGAUAUACACAAAUGAGAGCCUCCAUGAGCCCAUGUACAUUUUCAUCACUGCUUUGCUAAUGAACACUUUAGGUGGCUCAACUGCUUUAUACCCCAAACUGCUGAGUGAUAUUUUAUCCAAAAAUCUAAUUGUUUCCCUUGAUGCUUGUGUAUUUCAGGCAUUUUUCAUUUACACUUAUGCCAUGUCAGAGUUCAUGCUGUUGUCAGCUAUGGCCUAUGACAGAUAUGUGUCUAUUUGUAAACCACUACAAUAUGCUGCUAUUGUAAAAAUGUCUACUGUGAAAAAGCUCAUAUUUUUGUCUUGCUUUGUGCCUAGUUUGAUCUUCAUAAUUUACUCAUAUAUCAGGAUACUCUCUGUCUGUUUAAAUAAUUCAAAAGAUUUCAGAAGAAAAGCUCUACAGACCUGUUUACCACAUCUAUUAAUUUUCACAAGUUUCACUGUCACUUCAUGUUUUGAAAUUAUAAACAGUAGAUUGGAAGGAAAUAUGCCUCACAUUAUUGCCAUGAUCCUGUCAGUGGAAAAUCUGGUUAUUCCUCCUCUAUUUAAUCCCAUUAUAUAUGGACUGAAACUUCAGGAGAUUUUUAAUAGGAUUAAAAGAAUGUUUUGGAAGAAGAAGAUACACAUCUUUUUAGACUAA